CUCACAAUGACACUUCCAACUUCUCAAAAAUUCCUCUAAUUUUUUAUAUCCCCUUUUAGCAUUUUUGAUUCAUUUUCUUCAAGAAAAUUUUGUGUGUGUUUCUUGCAUGGCAGCUCAUCUUUUAGCUCAUGAGGUAGCUGACCUAUGCCUUGGGAAGCCACCUCUUAAAUCUCUUUGUGUUUCUGCAACAAUUGGUGAAGCUUUAAUUUCUCUGAAAUCUUGUGAAGAAAAUUGUAUAAGUGUUUGGGAUUGUGACCAUUUCAAGAAUGUUGAUUGUAUCUGUGUUGGGAAAAUUUGUAUGGUUGAUAUAAUAUGUUUUCUUUGUAAAAAAGAGAAUGUGAAUUCUCCAUCUUUGGCUCUCAAAACACCUGUCACUGCUUUGUUACCUAAAGAUUCUGUUCUUGUUAGGCAUGUUCAACCAUCUACAAGCUUACUAGAAGCUAUUGAUCUCAUCCUACAAGGAGCUCAAAACCUUGUGGUUCCUAUAGAGACUAGAUUUAGUGGUAGCUCAAGAAGGAAAUUGCUGCAGAAAUCUUCAUCGACAAGGGGUUGUACGCUCCACGAUGGCCGCGAAUUCUGUUGGCUAACUCAAGAUGAUGUUAUUAGAUACUUUAUGAGCUCAAUUGGUUUGUUUUCACCCCUUCCAACAGCUUCAAUCGACGCCCUUGGCAUCGUUAGCACGGAGUUUUUAUCCAUCGGGUAUCACUCGAGUGCAUCAUUGGCUACUGAGGCCAUUUCUCGAUCCCUCGUGGAUCAGACAUCCGUGGCGAUUGUAGAUGAGGAUGGUGUCUUGAUAGGAGAGAUUUCUCCUUUCACGCUCGCUUGUUGUGGUGAGACUGUGGCUGCAGCCAUCACGACCCUCACAGCCGGUGAACUCCUGGCCUACAUUGAUUGUGGAGGGCCACCGGAGGAUAUUGUGAGGGUCGUGAAGGAGAGAUUGAAGGAAAGGAAUCUUGAAGGAAUGUUGGAGGAAUUCGAGAUUGAUCCCUCGGAUAUCUCCUCCAACUCCUCGUUAUCCGAUGAGGAGUUGCCUUCCCCUACCUCCUCGAGGUCAUCGGGGGGAAGGCACAAUAAGUCUAGUAGCUAUUCCGCGAGGAUGGUUAGGAGGGCAGAGGCGAUCGUGUGCUAUCCGGGUAGCUCUCUCGUGGCCGUGAUGGUUCAAGCGAUCGCGCAUCGCGUAAACUAUGUGUGGGUGAUUGAAGAGGAUUGUAGUGUUGUUGGGAUUGUGACAUUUGCUAACAUGUUAGAAGUUUUUAGAGAUCAAUUGGAGUCAAUGAUGUUGGGACAUUUUGAUUAAUAGUUCUUCAUAAAUCUUUUAUGAUAGAGGCAAGUAUGAUCUUGUGAAUAUGAGAAUGUACUUCUCUUCUUUUUUUUGGCCACUUGUUUCUUAAAACUUUGUGUUAAUUGUAACUUUGUAAAAUUUUGGUACUCUUUUGUUUGA